CUGCUCUUCUUCUCCCUUGCAGCUCCCAAAAACCCCCAAGCUGCCGACUUCCAUACUUGAAAGAAAAACCCGGUAGAAAGCUUGAAAUUUCUCCUUCUUUCUUGCUCAAUAACAAGUUUUAGGACUUAGAAUUCUCUCUCUCAACCCAGAAAUUCCAGAUCUGGUCGGUGUCUCUUCCUCCCUUGUCCGUCGGUUUCUGCUGGGUGUGAAUCCUUCGGCUUUUUCUGUUCCCGUGAGUUUCCCUCCAGGAUCCCGUCGGCUUCCUCACCAGCCAAGCUCGGUUUCUGCUGGGAAAAUUUUGGUAUGUUGACAGCUUCUUUAAGUCCAAUUUCACCCAUUUAAUUGCUGAAAUCAUCCAUGUAAUUGCUGCCCCUGUACUGUUCAAAUUUCUGCCGAAAUAGGGGAAGAAAUUAGCAGCCUUUAAACGUGUUUUUUUAGGCUUAGUUCAUGUAGAAAUAAACCUGUUUUGGCUUGAAAUUUAGCUGCUGUUCUACGUGAAAAUCCUGCUAUUUUGCCACAGAUUUCACUGUUCACGCGUACCAGUUACUGUUCACGCAGAAAAUUCUGCAAUUUGCUACUGUUUUCUGCUCCUUCUGGCUGUAGUUGAAUUCUGGAAAUAUCAGUUACUGUUCAUGGGCUGUUCACGCACUGAUGACCAACAAUUAACGGGGAUUUAAAUAUUUAGUUUGUAAUAUAAGAAUAAAUUUGGAGAUGUCCGAUCAUAUGGAGGCUAAUAGAAAUAGCAUUGUUUUUGAUCGUUCUGUUAGUUUAGCACCGAGAUCGAGUCUUCGGUUUUAUGUGAAUGAGGUAAGUAAAUUUAUGAUAAUGCCUGUACAGUUUUCAAAAGCAUGUUUUGAUUUGUUUUUGAAAUGGUGGCGGGACUAAACCUGUUUUAUACAAAAGUAAGUAUGAUUAAUUUGAAGUGAAAUUUUUAUGCUUUUCAUUAAAUUGAGCAUGCCUAUUUAAUUGAUUGUCUUGAUGAUUUGAAAGUGAUUGGUAAAUUAUGAUUUUUCUAUUAACUUCUGCCUGUUUUGUCUCCAAUGUGGUUAUGUUAUUGAUGACCCUGCUAGUGAGGGUCAAACGCUAGCACAUGUCGACAUAUUAGUGAUAGAGCCGAUUCGUACGAGUGACCCUGCUAGUGGGGAUUGUACACCAGCAAAUAGUGUAGCCUGCCAGUGGGAGGUUUAUAACACUGGCCAUGACCUAUAGAGGAGACAUCUAUUUCAUUCCUGUACUGUAUCCGUUUUUCAUGAUUGCACUUGUUGGCAUGCUAUAAGUUUAAUAAGGGCACUUCAUAUUUUACUUACUGAGUUUAUCUCAUAGUUUUUUCUUGUCCACCAUUUCAGGAAGCGAAACCGAGGAUGGUGAAACCACGGGAAGUGACGAGUUAGAAGGCUAGCCAUUUCGAGAUUGAUAUAGAUUGUAGAAAUAAAUCAUGCUUUUGUAAGAUAGAUUUUACCUUGAAUUUAUGAGAUCAAAAUAGAUUUCGGUCAUUAGAUCAAUUACUUGGAUGUAAGUCAUUUUGGAUAUAGAAAUAAAUUGAAAUAUUUGAUUUAAGUUAUUGGAUAGUCAGAUGUGAAUUGGAUAAGUUCCAAGCCUUGUACAUUUGUGGGACCUUCUCACGAGUGCACAGCGUCUGCCACGUUCUCGGAUUCGGGUCCUGGGGCGUGACAGAUCCUCAGCCAUAACCCAACUCGAUUAGACAUCAAAGGCCGCUUUGCUCUCAUAGCCAGCUCUCCUAGGCAAUUUUUGCAUAUUCU